UGUGACUGGUCCACCUCUUACAGCGCAUGUCGGAAACCAAACAAAUGACCAUAUCUGAAUUUCCAGAGGCUUCCUUCACUUGAUACAUGAUAGUGAUUCGAAGAGUAAUAAUGGCGUCAGUUUUACUGUAUCAAUUCCAGCGCAAGUCCUCGUCUUUUGGAAGUGCAUGCAAAGUGGAUUUGCUUUCACACCGUAAAGAUGUCAUGUCAACAUGUCAACAACACAAACCAAACUCUUCCAGUCUCGGCUACAACAGUGUUUGAAGGCGGGUCAAAAUAGAUGUUGUUCAUGUUCCGGCUACAUUUUUAUGUAGGUUACACUGAAGACGAAGCGUUAUUCAUCCAGUGACGUCUGUUUUAUUGGGGUCAGCUAUUUUUAGAAAGUGAAAGUAAGGAACAGGAAGUGAAGAUAAGCCAGGAGCACAUUCGAUAGAUUCGGAUUUAUAUUUGACUCUAUUAUUGUGUUGAACUCGUGUAUCAGCUCAUAUUCAUCUAAACCAGCCAGAUUACUGUGAUUUAACGGACGAGUCUUUGCCUCCGGAAUGUUGUCGAUUAUUAUCGCUGUAUUGGUGAAUUUCCUCAUAGAGACGUCUGUCUCGUUCACGGUUGUGGUUCCUCGUGAUCAGAUAGCAGCUCAUGUCGGGUCCACAGUCACUCUGCCCUGCUGGAUCACUCCUCCUGAGAACGCUGAAGCUCUGGAGAUCCGCUGGUACCGUCAUGACCAGUUCAGCAACCCUGUUCUCUUCUAUCAGCAUGGGAAGAUCCAGGAUGAGCAGAAUGAAUCGUACAGGAACCGAAGCGAACUGACUCUGCGCUCAGAUCUGUCUGGUGGACUGAAGGAUGGAGACGUCUCUCUACGGCUGGAGAAACUCACAGUUCAGGAUGAAGAUUCAUUUCACUGUUAUGUGAGUGGAGAAAAGGCAUAUGGCAGCGGAGAGAUAGUUCUCAAAGUGACUGCUGUAGGAUCUGCUCCUGUCCUGUUUCCACAGCCUCUGGAUGAUGAACGUGUGAACAUCAGCUGUAGGUCCAGCGGCUGGUAUCCAGAGCCGAACGUCACAUGGAUGUCAGAUGAGAGAACGGUUCUCCGUCCUGGAGGAGGGUCUCGCAGACGUGGAGCAGAUGAGAUGUUCUCAGUCCACAGCUGGACGGUCGUCUCUCGCUCGGACGCUCAACUGGUCUCAUGUUCAGUGUCUCUCAAGACUGGAGAGUUAAAAGAAGGAAGAUUGAAUAUACAAGCCAUCAUCUCUUCAGAUUCAUCAGAUCCAUCAGAUCCAUGGAAGGCUCUUUUCAUCACCCUUCUCAGUUUUGGACUUCUGGGUUUGGUUGGGCUGAUCCUGUACAAAAACAGACACAAACUAACAGGAAAGAAACCAGCAGAUGAAAAUUGUGAGUGCGGAGGUAUGGAAAACAGAAAAGGAUACAUUAAGGUCCAGAUGUCUGAGAGCACCGGUGAAAAUGCUUCUGUUGUGGGAGACGUAAACAUAGAAGACCUGAGGAAACAUGCAGAUCAGAUCAGUAUUGACCGUGAGCAUUUACAUCCAGGUCUGACGGUUUCUAAGGACUGUAAAAUAGUGAGAGAUGGUCCAGACUAUAAACACACUGGAGAAAGAUUUCCAUAUGAAUUAUGUGCGUUUGGAGCUCAAAGAUUUACAUCUGGACGUCACUAUUGGGAGGUUUCAUUGGCACGAGAAAAUAUAGCUCCUAAAAACUACUGGUUAAUUGGUGUGGCGAAAGAUGGAAAUUUUUGUUCAAAAGACAAAUCUUUAACUCCAUCAGACAGUUUCUGGUUUCUGUGUUCAGACGGUCCUAAUGGCUUUUACAUCAACUCUGAAACACAUAUUACUCUCCCGCUGACGCCGAGACCUGAACAACUGGGAGUUCUGUUAGAUUAUGAUGACGGUCAGCUGUCAUUUUACAAUGUCAAAGAGAGGAAACAUCUCCUGACCAUGAGAACCAGAUUCACUGGAUCAGUCGCUCCUCUGUUUAAUCCAGGUGUAGGUGAUCUGAGUCCGCUUAAAAUUCUAGAUUGUCCAAAACCUGUAGAAUCACCUGUAGAGUCCAGUCAACCUUUACUGGGUAACAGCUCAGACGCCUGACUGACCAAUCCAGUGUGUUCAAACAGAAGGAUGUAUAUGAACAAAAAGUUAAUCUCUCUUCUCACAUUUACAAACUACAGAAAUCUAUAAAACUCUACUGAGAGUACAGCGCUAGCAUAAUGGUCAUGGAUUUAAUUCCCAGAAAUCAUGAAAACUGAUAUAAAUGUACAGCUUGAAUACAGCAGCAUUAGUUCAAAUUAAAUAUCUGAUAUUAUUUUUAUUGAUGGUGUUUUAUUAAAUUUUAACAUCCAAAUGCUAGUGAGAAGAAGAAACUUUUAGAUGUCAAUCUGCAUAUGCAAUGGACAUCGGUUAUGCUCAUCUGUGCUCGCUCCUUUGAAGGCAUCUUGAGUAAAAAAAGCUCUAUAUUUAAUGAAGCAAAUACAAAAGACCUGAACUGGAAGCGAUGCGACCUUUAUUACUGAAUACGCAGAACCCGUAUUAGAAGAGCAGCUUGAUUUGACUGAAUCGGGCAUCUUGUCUUUCUCUGAUACUGAAUGAAUUGCAGAAAAAAAAUAGAAACAAAACAGAAGAUGAAAAGCAGUAAAACAUGAACCAACAGUAUCAGCCAUAAAAAUGAAAAUAAUCACACCUUCAGUCAUAACCUGACAGAUUAAUGCAGACACACGAUACACGUUUUCUUUCUCAGCUGUUUACGUUCACUUAAAACAUAACUGACUGGGUUCAUGAGAAUACUUGACGAGAUGGGUAUUUUGAGAUUAUUUUGUGUGCAUGUGUCCGUUCAAAUGCAAGGAGAUGUGAAAGAGGACUCGCUUAUCUGAAGUACAUCUUCUCUCAGUGUGUGUGCAGCUGUAAGCACAGAUAACAGCAUGCGAGUACCGAAUUGAAUUCUCUUUCACCUCUUCUUGUGUUGAAAUGGUUUAAAAUGAUUGAAUGUGUAAAUUGGCAAGAAAAAUUUUGCAAACUGUACCCACGGAUUUGCGGCCCAUCCCUCAUUUUAGAAAUUUGUGCCGACUGGUCGACUAUGGCUCACCUGUCGGUUGCAUUGACUGCUUUUGCAGUAGAUUUACAUGAUAAUGUAAUAAAAUAAUAAUAACAAUAGGCUAAUAAUAAUAAUAAUGAUGAUGUAAAGUUGUGUAUUAUGACCCACCACCAAUCAGAAAGGUUCCUGAAUCUCAAUCUACUUUUUGUCUGAUUGGUUAUAAUGGAGAAGAUCUCCUGCACCACUCUAUUUGCUGAGGGGUUUGCAAGAUCAGUGUUGGCGCCCCCUGUAUAUUCUAUCCCUUUGACAACCAACACAAAAAACUUUCUGCAAGUCAACGACUGUAAUUAUUAAUUAAUAUCUGGAGGUCAUUUAAUCACACAUCUGUUUCUGAUAUCACGUUUGAUUGCGCGCUGCAAGACAUAACAUACUCGUCUUCAUUAACAGAAGAUGAGGCCAAAAGCCCAAUAACUAGCUUGUGCUUGGAGAGAUGCAAACUUAUCACCGGUGAGGAAAGAUGCGACCCCCUCCCCCCAUUUUUGAUACCAUAUUGUGCUGUAAAACACCCCCUUUAACCCCUUGACAGAUGUUCGACCCCAGACAGCACAACACAUUUUUAAUAUAAUUUUUUCAAACAACAUGUAAUUUAUUGCUCUCUUUGUAGUUAAGCAGUUUUGGAGGGAUUUAUGAUUUUUUUUUUUUAUUGUUUAUUUGCCUCAAAAAUAUUUAUAUUUUUGUAUGUUUUUAUUUCAAAUGGGAACAGUAUAUGUAAAACUAGAAUACAUUUCCUGAAGAAAAUGUGAAUGGUGCUUGCAAUGGCAAAACUCGGCUAGGGAGUUGCUAUAUGGUUGCUAGGGAGUUUCUAGGCGGUUCUAGGCAGUUGCCAGGGUGUUCUGGGUGGUUGCUAUGGUAACCUGGGUGGUUGCUAGGGUGUUGCUAGGGUAACCUGGCUGGUUGCUAUGGUGUUACUAGGUGGUUGGUAGUUGUCACAGAUGGUUACUAUCAAAGACUAUAGAAUAACACAAGACAUGUCACUCGUAUUGUUUUGAAUGGGAGAAAGUGUAACGCUCAAUAUGGCGGAAUAAGUCCCGCUUUCAAAAUAAGAGCCAAUCGCCGACCUGUAAAGUCAUCGCGUCACUGCAGCGGCCGUUAGAAGCACCGGUUUCUAUAGAAACAGUCAGACACGCACCUCCGAAAUGAGGCACAAGAGACGCGCAUUUAGGUCUGCGCAUGCGCAUUAGCUUGAUCCAGCCUAAAUACUGUUUUUUUUGUCAUGAUUUGAGCGUUUGGAAAAAAAAAAUAUGAGACAGUUGUCAGAUUUCAUUGGUGAUUUCAAAUAUGAAAUUUAAUCAAAAGCUUGGCAAACAGCUUUGGAGAAUUUGAUGUUUCCCCAUUCAAAGAGAUAGGAGCUGCAUGAUGCCCAGGAUGCCCGAGAGGCGUUUCAAAGAUGGCCGCCGAGUGAAAUGACUUGUCUUAAAGGGACUUUGAUACUAUGGAGUUUUUAUAGAGUUCUUAGCCUAAUUUAACACUUAGCUAAUCACUACUAACAUGUAAGCUAUUCACUGCUAGCAUGUGUAGCAUGUUGGAAGUCCUGUUUGCUAGCAUGAGUUAAAAGAGCCAACCCCCAUGUCUCUACGAUGUUUUGAUGCAGAGAUAUAGGUCUUGCUAAACGGUUGCUAGGGAGUGGCUUGGCAGCUGCCAGUGAUGAUACUCCAAAGGCUGCUUGUCAGUAUGAAUGAUAUAAACCAACCCCCAUGCCUCUAUGUCUUUCAGAUGUGAAGAUAUCCCUCUUUGGGUUUGGGUUGCUAGGGUGUGGCUAUGAAGUGUUGAAGGUGAUUCGUGAUUGGCCGUUUGCUGCCUGAGUCAAACGAGCCCACCCUCAUGUUUCUAUGACACUUCUAUCCAAAGAUAUUUCUUUGAUGUUUUUCAAUGGAAGUCUAUGGAACUUGUUGCUAGGGUGGUCUAAAUGGUUGCUAGGGCGUGGCUUGAUAGCUUCACAAUGAUCCUGAGAGACUGAUUGGUUGCGGGAGUGAAAUGAGACCCUUGUCUCUAUGACACUGUGAUCCAGAGUUGUUCAAUACAAAAUCUCUAUGUACAUAGUAGGAAAAAUAUGAAUCACACAAACGGCCUAUUUUGAAUUCCAAACGGCAAUUUUCAGCAAAGGUUGACUAGAUUGUUCUCCACAUUUUCUCUCGAAUGUAAAUUGAACGUCCAUUCACAAACAUACUUUUUAAGCGACUGAGGUAUGUCUGUGAGCGGUUAUGUACUCACUUGGUACAAAAAUACAUCUUUGAACUCAUUUAAAAUGCUAAAUGAAAGUUAUAUAAAUAUGUUUUUCAUUCAUCAUUUUUUUUUGGCUAAUAAAUGUUUGUUUAUUUAUAAUGUUUUAUUAAAGAAGAUUUUUACAGAACUAGAAGAUUGAUUCUUGGGAUUUAAAGGUUCACUCACAUUAAAAAAGUUCUGCACAGGUUUCGCUGGUAUUCAAGAUGGCCGCGUGAAUUCGUCACAAUGCUGUGUGAGCUCAUUCAUAGACAAUGGACAUUUCUGAAUGCUAAUGUGACUGCAACUUAUGAAUCAAUAUGAGAAUCAAUUAAAAUCAAGAAAUCUAUAUUGUAACCCUGCACUAAUAUAUGUAUUCUCUUUUCUGUUCUCAGUAAUUAGUUUGUAAGAUAAAUAUUUGUAAGCUGAAAGCAAAAGAAAACGCUUUAGAUGAACAUGUAAUCAUCACAAUAUACUACAAUGUGUGUCACUUUCUGAGAAAACGUCUACAAGAGGUUCAACAGGGCUAAAAGAUCAUGAUUGAUUUUUCUGCUCCCAAAAAUAUAUGGCAAUCAAAUAUUCUUUUCAUUGAAUAUUGAUGGAGGAACGUAAUGUGAGCAGAAAAAAAGAUUGUAAAAGUUGAUUAUUAGUCAUGUUAAUAUAAAGGCAGCUAAUGAGGUUGAACUGGUCCACACACACAUGAUUAUAGUUGGAUCAAAUAAUCAUGCAUCCAAUUUUUAGCUCUGUUGAACUGCAUGUGUAAAUCUGCUCUGUAAAUAGCUGAAUCUCUCAUUACUUACAAGUGUUGAAAUGAAAUGUUUUUGGUGCCAUUAAACAAAAAAAAAACAUGUACACGUGAAAUAUUUAACUACUCUUUUAUAGGAUUGCAAAUCUGAAGAAUAUAUGUUGUACUUUCAGAAUAUAUGUUUGUACUUCAGUACUUUCUGAAGAAUAUAUGUUGUACUUUGCAAUACAUGUCUGUUAUGAAACUUUUUUUUAUUUUAAUAAAAGUCUGCAAAAUGCAAA